AUGGCUGAACUCAUUGCCGUUCUCAUGAGUUUGUGUUACACAGUCAGAAUAUCAAACACCAAUGCUUGUGUGCCAUUGAACUCACGAGGACACGAGUGGACAGAUUUAGAGGGGGAGUUUAGUGAGGGUCCACUAUCUUUCCCACCUAGUAGGCUUCAGUCGGCUGUGAACGACGUCAUGAAGCAUCUGAACCAUGCUGAUCAGAUGGCGGUAUCCCCAGACCGUUCUCCUGGCCAUGCUGAAUGUGACCUGGUAGGUUUCCAUCCACAUCUGAAGCAAGGGAAGAAGCCGCAUCUGAUUGAUCCGUCGCUAAACGGGAAACGGUCUUGUGUGGACGUCCCAGAUUUCCAGAACUUCCCCCUGGGAUUAUCCGACGCUGAACUAGAGGAGAACGGAUAUCGUUACCCACUUCGGAUAUG